AUGUUUGCCAGGCGCGGAUCUCUACCUACGGUAUACAAUACUGUUUUCGAGGAUGACGAAGAAGGAUCGAGCCAGGAUUCGCCGGUGGGAUCAUGUCACGAACCCGGAAAAACAUUACCAGGUACGAUAAGUGAUUCAUAUCGAAAAUACAUUAAUUCGUCAAGCAAUUGCGAUAAACAAAGUGCGAUUCGCAAAGAAGCGUCUCAUCGAAGCUGCAGUCCUUCUGGCGUCAGUAGACCUCAGCAUGUGUCAGUGUCAAGUGUGAAGAAUAGUGAAUAUCAGAGUGAAAAUAUGUAUAAUCAGAAACCGCAAGUGCGGCUGAGGAAACGGUCGCGAAGCCACGAAGAUGUGGUGAUCAGUGUCCAACCGACUCCGAAAGUGAUUCCGAAUAAUUGUGGUGUAAAAUCUGUUGUUAAUGAGAACUUUGUUACGCAUAAGUUUAGUCCAACGCAAUCGAAUUUAGCUAGUUCUACUUCUAAUCUGGUGAAGCCCUUGGAUAAUCCGGAAGUUCCGAUGACGAAUAGCAGAUUGGUUAACAGACGAGCCACAUGGUGCAUCAAUGCGGCUGAAACAAAUACAGUGGCCAUAGAUGACAAAAUUGAGCAAGCUAUGGAUCUCGUUAAAAGCCAUCUGAUAUUCGCAGUUCGUGAGGAAGUGAAAUUAAUGAAAGAGAAAAUUUCGCAGCUCGUAAAACGGAUUAAACAUUUAGAGAUGGAAAACGAAAUACUCCGAAUAUACGCCACUCCUGAUACGUUGUCGCUGCUGCCGGACACCAGGAUCUCCGGCAUGGGAAUUACAAACAACUACAGCUCCGGUAUUUCCGGUUGGGGAGUUUCGAAUGCGUCCAGAGGAAAGUCUAUGGAAAGUGCUUGGAAUGGAAGGUGAAACACUAAAGAAAAGUCUAAACGUGCAAAACUUAUGAGGGCUGAAGUUUUCAGAAGAUUGAUUCUAAUGACGUAUCUUCUGAAAGAAUAUAUUAUUGCUUGAUACCAAAGU